UGAACUUCCUUGUCAGUCCACUGCCACUUCCGUGUCAUGUAAAGUGAACCCUUGUGUGUCGGACCGUCCAUCGCUGCCUGCAACCAAGUAACAACAAUGCGAGCGAUUCCUGAGGAGCUGACGACGCUGAUUUCAGAUUUAGAAUAUUUCCUCAAUGAUGGAUUGAAAGCAGAGAAUUUAAGCAAGAAGGCAAAGGAGAAGAAGGAGGCUCUUAUCAGACGGAUCAAGGAUGUCAAAUUGAGUUUUCCUCAUGAAUUUAAGGACAAAUUAGGUGGCGACGACUCGUCGGAGGAGGAAGUUGAUAACGACAGAGAGUCGCUGCAGUCCGAGCGCACGGACAAAGACGAUGACGCUUGUGAAGGUGCCCAGCAGUCUCCACCUGUGGCAGCUCAGGACUUGACAUCUGUUUUCAAAGCAGGUUACCUGGAGAAGCGCAGAAAGGAUCACAGCUUUUUUGGCACAGAGUGGCAGAAAAGAUGGUGUGCGCUCAGCCAUCAUACCUUCUACUACUAUGGCAGUGAGAAAGACAAGCAGCAGAAGGGCGAGUUCAGCAUUGACGGCUACACUGUCAAAAUGAACAGCACCUUACGCAAAGACUCAAAGAAGGACUGCUGCUUCGAAGUUUUGGCUCCAGACAAGCGCAUCUAUCAGUUUUGUGCGUCAUCGGUGAAAGAGGCGGAGGAAUGGGUGAAACAGAUAGACUUUGUUUUGAAAGAUAUGACGGGCAUCAUCCCAGAAGAAGAUGACGAGGAUCAGGAAAUGUACGACGAUGUUGGUCCAGUAGAACCAAUUGACGAUGACAUCUAUGAAGAGCUCCCAGAGGAUGACCUUCCCACUCCAGCAAAGCCUCCACCAAAGUUGGAGCCAUCGAGCAAACCUGCUCCUCCUGCUGCAGUUGAUAAGAGCACCGACUACCAGAACUACUACCAAGGCUUAUGGAACUGCACAGGUGACCAUCCUGACGAGCUGACCUUCAGACGUGGAGAUACCAUCUACAUCCUGAGCAAGGAGUACCAGAGCUUUGGCUGGUGGGUUGGAGAGAAGAAUGGAAAUAUAGGAAUUGUCCCCAAAGACUACCUGAUGGAGCUUUAUGUUUUAUAAACACACCUUGUGAUUGUUCAUUGUUCCCUCUUAUAACCACUGGAACAGUUUUCACAUCACUGAAGUACAGAAUCUUUGUCUGCUUCGCACUGCUUAUUUUUUUGUAUAUUUUCCAUACAAAAUACGACCCCCCAACCCCGCCCACCCGAAAAAAACAAACAAAAAAAACAGCAUUUCAUGCUUUGCUUUUGGCAAAUUUGAUAUCUGCAAAUGGCAAAAUCAAUAAAGACUCAAUUAUAAUGUA